AUGACAACAAAAGUCGAGAGGGACGUGUACGUGUUGGUGGAGCACCCCUUCGAGUAUACGGCCAAGGAUGGGCGCCGCGUCGCCAUCCAGCCCAACGAGCGCUACCAGCUGCUGCGCCGCAGCACGGAGCACUGGUGGCACGUGAGGCGCGAGCCCGGCGACCGCCCCUUCUACCUGCCUGCGCAGUAUGUCCGUGAGCUGCCCGCGCUCGGCGGCCCCGCUGCCACCCCGCCACCGCCAGCGCCCCACCCGGGCCCCAUAGUCCCCGAGCCGCUCGCCUACGACUACCAGUUUGUGAGCGCGCCGGCACCCGCGGGCCCCGAUGGCGUUCCCGCGGAGCCCCCGCGCCGCGCCGGCUCUCUGUGCGGCUCGGCUCGGCUCGGUGCCAAGGCCCAGCGCAGAAGCCUGGCGCCCGGCCAGCCCGCCUGCCUCUACUUGCGGCCCGCGGCGCCUGUGCGACCUGCGCAAUCCCUGGACGACCUGGCUCGCACCGCUGCGCCUCCUGCCGGCCUCCUCGGGAGCACGGGUCGCUUCAAGGCCUGCAGCGUGGCGGGUUCGUGGGUGUGCCCACGACCCUUGGUGCGGAGUGGUUCGGAGAACGUCUACGAGGCCAUCCAGGACCUGCGAGGUCCGCCGGAGGAGCGACGGGACCAGGCGGACGAGCCGUCGGAGCCCGUGUACGCGAACGUUGAGCGGCAGCCUCGGGCUACGUCCCCGGGCACCACUGCGGCCCUGAGCCCCGGCCCGGCGUGGGAGACGCUCACGGACGCGGACACCGGGCGCCCCUACUACUACAAUCCAGACACGGGCGUGACGACCUGGGACUCGCCCUUCGAGACGACUGGGGGCGUCGCUAGUCCGGCCGCUUCCCGGGCCUCAGUGGACAGCCGCGAGAGCUUGGAGGCCGAUUGGGGUCAGUACUGGGAUGAGGAGAGCCGCAGGGUGUUCUUCUACAACCCGCUGACGGGCGAGACGGUCUGGGAGGACGAGAUGGAGGACGAACUGGAGAUGCAGUCUGGCCUCAGACCGGGCAGUCCCCGGGACCAGAGGCCGCCCACGCCUGACACGGACUACCCAGAAUCGCUGACCAGUUACCCGGAGGAAGACUAUUCUCCAGUAGGUUCCCUCACUGAGCCCGGCCCCGCCUCUCCCUCGGCCACGCCCCCUGGCUGGUCGCAUCAAGUCGGCGCGGAUGGGCAGAUGCUGUACACCAACCACUUCACCAAUGAGAAGUGGGUGAGGUUGGAGGACCAGCAUGGGAAAUCUUAUUUCUACAACCCAGAUGACUCCUCUGUUCGAUGGGAGCUGCCUCAGGUCCCUGUCCCUGCCCCUCGAAGCAUCCGCAGAUCCAACCAGGACAAUGACACUCCAGCCCAGGCCAGCCCACCUGAGGAGAAGAUCAAGACCCUGGACAAGGCAGGUGUGCUCCAUCGUACCAAGACAGUGGACAAAGGAAAACGGCUCCGGAAGAAACACUGGAUUGCCUCCUGGACUGUGCUGGAGGGUGGAGUCCUGACCUUCUUCAAAGACUCCAAGACCUCAGCUACAAGUGGCCUGAAGCAGCCGUCCAAGCUGUCCACCCCUGAGUACACAGUGGAGCUGAGGGGAGCCUCUCUGGCCUGGGCUCCCAAAGACAAGUCCAGCAAAAAGAACGUGCUGGAGCUACAGAGUCGCGAUGGUUCGGAGUACCUGAUUCAGCACGACUCAGAGGCCAUCAUCAGCACGUGGCACAAGGCCAUUGCCCAGGGCAUCCAGGAGCUGUCCAUAGACUUGCCCCCCGAAGAGGAAAUUGAGAGCAGAAACGUGGACUUUGGUCCGCGGGAGCGCCUGGGAAGCUGGUGGGACAAGGAGGACGAGGCGCGGCCUGGUGCAGCCGGGCCCGGCCUGGGCCCCGGGGGCCAGGAGAGCGACUUGAGCAAGGUCCGGCACAAGCUCCGCAGGUUCCUGCUGCGACGGCCCACGCUGCAGUCGCUGCGAGACAAGGGCUACAUUAAAGACCAGGUGUUCGGCUGCACGCUGGCCGAGCUGUGUGAGCGCGAGAAGAGCCCCGUGCCGCAUUUCGUGCAGCAGUGCAUCCGCACCGUCGAGGCCCGGGGACUGGACAUCGACGGGUUGUAUCGCAUCAGUGGAAACCUGGCCACCAUCCAGAAGCUGCGCUAUAAGGUGGACCACGAAGAACGUCUGGACCUGGACAACGGACGCUGGGAGGACGUGCACGUUAUCACGGGCGCCCUGAAACUCUUCUUCCGAGAGCUGCCGGAGCCCCUCUUCCCCUUCUCCCACUUCCACCAGUUCAUGGCGGCCAUCAAGCUGCAGGAUCAGACCCAACGUAGCCGCUGUGUGCGUGACCUAGUGCGCUCGCUGCCCACCCCGAACCACGACACGCUGCGGCUGCUCUUUCAGCACCUGUGCAGGGUGAUCGAGCACAAGGAUCAGAACCGUAUGUCCGUCCAGAGCGUAGCCAUCGUGUUCGGGCCUACGCUACUGCGGCCUGAGAUGGAGGAGACCAGCAUGCCCAUGACCAUGGUGUUCCAGAACCAGGUGGUGGAGCUAAUCCUGCAGCAGUGUGCUGACAUCUUCCGGCCACACUGA